AGCACGUGAGGGGCUGCUACGUCAUCACAAGCACGCACAGACAACAUGGCGGCCGCGGCGGCGGGUGUCGGGAGCGGGAAGAUUAUAUAUGAACAGGAGGGUGUAUUUAUUCAUUCAUCUUGUGGAAAGAUCAACGAUCAAGACAGUUUGAUUUCAGGAAUAUUGCGUGUCCUAGAAAAGGAUGCUGAUAUAAUAGUGGACUGGAGGCCAUUGGAUGAUACGUUAGAUUCUUCUAGUAUUCUUUAUGCUGGAAAGGAUUCCAGUUCAGUUGUGGAGUGGACUCAGACCCCUAAAGAGAGAGGUCGUCGGGGAUCGGAGCAUCUGACCAGUUAUGAAGCAGAGUGGGACAUGGUCAACACAGUUUCAUUUAAAAAGAGACCACAUACUAAUGGAGAUGCUCCAAGUCAUACGAAUGGGAAAAGCAAAUGGUCAUUCCUGUUCAGUUUGACAGACCUGAAGUCAAUCAAGCAAAACAAAGAGGGUAUGGGCUGGUCUUAUUUGGUAUUCUGUCUAAAGGAUGACGUCGUUCUCCCUGCUCUUCAUUUUCAUCAUGGAGAUAGCAAACUACUGAUUGAAUCUCUUGAAAAAUAUGUGGUAUUGUGUGAAUCUCCACAAGAUAAAAGGACUCUUCUUGUGAACUGUCAGAAUAAGGGUCUUUCACAGUCCUUUGAAAAUCUCCUUGAUGAACCAGCCUAUGGCUUAAUUCAAAAAAUCAAAAAGGACCCAUAUACAGCAACUCUUGUAGGAUUUUCCAAAGUCACCAACUACAUUUUUGAUAGUUUGAGAGGCAAUGAUCCUUCAGCUCAUCAGCGACCACCUUCAGAAAUGGCAGAUUUUCUUAGCGAUGCUAUUCCAGGUUUAAAAAUAAACCAGCAGGAAGAACCAGGAUUUGAAGUCAUUACUAGAAUUGAUUUAGGAGAACGACCUGUUGUUCAGAGGAGGGAUCCUGUAUCCCUGGAUGAGUGGUCUAAGAACAUGGAUUCAGAAGGAAGAAUCUUAAAUGUAGAUGGCAUGAAGCAAAAGAUAUUCAGAGGGGGACUCAGUCAUGUUUUGAGAAAACAAGCAUGGAAAUUCCUUCUGGGAUAUUUUCCUUGGGAUAGUACUAAGGAAGAAAGAACUCAUUUGCAAAAAUUAAAAACUGAUGAAUACUUCCGGAUGAAAUUGCAGUGGAAAUCUGUCAGCGAGGAGCAAGAGAAAAGAAACUCAAGGCUGAGGGAUUAUAGAAAUCUUAUAGAAAAAGAUGUUAAGAGAACAGACCGAACAAACAAGUUUUAUGAAGGCAAAGAUAAUCCAGGAUUGAUUUUACUUCAUGACAUUUUGAUGACCUAUUGUAUGUAUGAUUUUGACUUGGGAUAUGUCCAAGGGAUGAGUGACUUGCUUUCCCCUCUUUUGUAUGUAAUGGAAAAUGAGGUGGAUGCUUUUUGGUGCUUUGUGUCUUACAUGGAUCAAAUGCAUCAGAAUUUUGAAGAACAGAUGCAGGGCAUGAAGACACAGUUAAUUCAGCUAAGUACCUUACUUCGCUUGCUGGAUAGUGGAUUUUGCAGUUACUUAGAAUCUCAAGACUCAGGAUACCUUUAUUUUUGUUUCCGUUGGCUUCUAAUUAGAUUCAAAAGGGAAUUUAGCUUUCUAGAUAUUCUUCGAUUAUGGGAGGUAAUGUGGACUGAAUUACCUUGUCAGAAUUUCCAUCUUCUUCUUUGCUGUGCUAUUCUAGAAUCUGAAAAGCAGCAAAUCAUAGAAAAGCAUUAUGGUUUUAAUGAAAUACUUAAGCAUAUCAAUGAGUUGUCCAUGAAAAUUGAUGUGGAAGAUGUACUAUGCAAGGCAGAAGCAAUUUCUAUACAGAUGGCCAAAUGCAAGGAAUUGCCUCAAGCAGUCUGUGAAAUUUUGGGACUCCAGAAUAGUGAAGUCACAACACCAGAUUCAGACACUGGGGAAGAUGAAAAUGUUGGUGUGAUUAGUUGUUCUACACCUGCAUUUCAGAAUAGCUCCUUGCCUUUAAUUACUACCAAUGGAACCAGAGAUGACAACACGAGGCAGUUAGGGAUGUCACAAAGUGUCAGCAGAUUAACACCUGCAUGAUCAGUCUUCUUUACCUAAUUUUUUAAGAGACGCUUUGCUGCGAUUCUUUUUCAAGUACUUGAAAGGUGGAUAUUUAUAAUUUGAAGUUGAUUAUGCUUUAAGGUUUUUGGAAAGAAAGUGUACUGUGAUGUUCUUGCAUUAAAGCUUUACAAAGAUUUAAACUAAUUAUUUUUGUAGUUACUUCUACCAAAUAGCCUUUUCUUUUCAAUAACAUUCCUUAAUAUUUUUAUAGCCAAGUGCAUUUUCUUUUCUUCUUGAUGAACUGGAAUUGUAUAAUAUUUAAAGUGGAUGAGUCGGAAAUUAUGCACUUUUAAAAGCAUUCACUUUGUUUACCCAGAAGUCUUGAUGGUUUUUGGAUUUGAUGGAAUUAAAAUUAAAGCCUACGGUCAAGUUGAAAAGUAGCUUGUUUCCCAGUAGAGAUGAUUUGACUUAAAAAAAAAAAAAAAGGAUUUGUUUCUUAACUGUUUACAAAAAAUACUCUGCUUAAGUAUUUGUGCUGAUUGAAUGUAGAUUUGAAUUGGACAUUUUAAAAUUCGAUUUAAUGUCCACAUAUUGAACUGUGUUUUUCCCCUAAGUGGAGGAACAGUAUAUUUUUACAUGUUAACAUCUCUUUACUUGUGCAUAUAAAUACUACAUAUAUGAGCACUUAUUUAUGAGUAUUAAAAGGAUAAGCAUAUUUUCAUUAUUCAACGAUAAAUUUGACUGUUGAUUUGUACAAACUAAUUUGACAAAAUUAAUCCAUACCUUCAGUAUGAGCUCUUUUUUCAAAACUAUUUUCUUAACUAAAGAUUUAUUUCAUGAAAAUACAUUUAAUCCUGUUCCUGGUGUAAUUUUAAAAUUAAUUGCUAGUAAUCUAACUUUACUAAUAAUGUUUAUUCUUUCCUAAUAAUGCAUUAACUGAUUAGUAAGCUCUUUAAAUUUUUAUGAAGGACUCCUGGGGGGGAAACCUUAAAAUAUGUAUAAAACCUCAGAUAGUAAUCACAUUUCUCAUAAUAAUGCAUUUUUUUUGUAUAUGACAAAGGCUGUUUGUUUAUAACACACUAUGUACUGCAUGACUUUUUAAAGUUAUGUGGAAUUAACAUAACUGAUUCACUGUAUUGUAAUUUGUUAACUACUGUACAUAUUAUGAAAUAAACCUGAAGUUGAUUUAGUGUUU